GGACAUACAUGUUGGCAAUGUUAAGGCUGAAGAACAGUACCUGGAUACGCAUAUACCUAUAUAUGCAUAUGCCUUAGCUCAUGAAGCUCCGAUGUUCUGACUUGAAGCUUCAAAUGCUUAAGGAGAUUUGUACCUACCUACCUAGAACCUUGAACGUAUAUUGCCCCACUUCUAUGCUCCUCACCUUCCAUUAUGACCGGCAACUAAAAAGACUAUGUAUGUACUUAGGUACAGAACCGUUACCGUUACGACAUUUCGAACUCUUUUUACAUUUCAAUAUUGAUCACCACUUUUCCUCCCUCUCCCCUAUGCGGGUGCCUGUAACAAACACGUCCAUUGACACCGGUACUUUCCCUCUAUACUCCAUCUCCUCUGAUUCAUCGCCAUGACGCUCAACCUCGAAAGGCAACUCAUUGUUUACGGCAUCUACCACCGGAAUGAGGCUAAUAUCGCGUUGCAUAUGAUUUGCGUGCCUUUGAUUCUAUUCUCCGGAUUCGCAUUGGCCGCAAAUACGGGCACUCUCAUUCCUCUACCCAAGGUCUUAACGAUACCCCAUCUCGAACCUAACCUUGGUACAUUGGCAGCCUUCGUAUGGGCCAGUCUAUAUGUCCUUCUUGAGCCGGUUGCCGGAACUAUUCUGGGUCUAGUAUGUCUCGGGGCAACCGCGUACGCGAAUAAGGCCUUGUCCGAAGAUCCGGAGUUGACGAACCGAAUUGCCAUUGCCGUACAAGGAACAUGUUGGCUUCUUCAAUUAUUCGGGCACGGCGUACUCGACGGCCGAAAGCUGUCCCAGUUCUUGGGUAACUGGUCCCAAGCUAUAUUUCUGUCACCCCUUUUCGUCUGGCUUGAGCUUCUAUUCAAAUUCGGCUACCGACGAGAGUUGCAAGACCGCAUUGGGAAGGCUAUCCAAGCUGAGAUUGACAAACUUAAAGAACAAAAGCAUGGGAAGAACCAAUGAACGAUGUCAAUCAAUAGAGAAAUCCACGUCAACAACAGUCUUCUCUGUGGGAAAGAAGGAAGAAUGCUCAGCAUUCUAGCGUUAUAACUUUACGCGCCCAAGGCGAGACGCUACCUAUGAUAAAGGCUCAGGACAAAGCUUACCUCGCAUACAAGCAUGCGGUUCGUGCUAGACUGGGGAGGUUGAGUAACGAUUCUCAACUGACUACCCCUAAACUGAUACCCUUCUAUUUCCGACACGGAUGUAUAUAGAACUAGAGGGGUGGUAUGCCAUAAUAUAUAGUCUAGGCUAAUCACCUGAAUCAGUACAAAACUCUACACGACUUAAGAAUGGAAUAUACAGCUACUGAAUCAAGAAACUUUAUAUUAUAAAUUAUGUAAUUUGCUCUGGGCUUCGGAGGGAUCUUAGCUUACUAGGUAUGGUACAUGUAUAUAUGCAUAUACCAACAGCUCCCG